AUGUUGGAAUUCCCAGUGUACAUCGUCCACGCAUUCACUGACCUGGCCUUCGGGGGAAAUCCCGCGGCCGUCUGCCUAGUAGGAAAUAAGAACUUAUCAGAUGAUGUGUUACAGAAGAUUGCAGCAGAGAUGAACUUAUCUGAAACAGCUUUUAUCAAAUUGGUGGACGACAAUGAUGACGACGACAACAACAACAACAACAACAACAACAAAUAUACAUCAUCUUCUCGGUUCAACCUUCGAUGGUUCACCCCACUAACGGAAGUGAACCUGUGUGGUCACGCAACGCUGGCUUCAGCUGCCGUCCUCUUUCAAUGUUGUGGCAACCAAUCAGAGAGAGUGACCUUUGACACGCUCAGCGGUCUAUUAUUAGCAUCGAGAUCACGUGAUAUCCAUGCAAAUGACGUCAUCAGUCUGGAUUUCCCGCUCAACGAGCCGCAACCUGUGACGAUUUCUGCUCAGAUGAAAGAUAUCAUUGACAUUGUAGAUGUAGAAUUGUCCAGGGGAACGAAGAAGCUGGUGAUAAGAUUGAGUGAUGAUGACGACCCUUUUGAUUUUUAUUCGAGAUAUUUCGCACCAUGGGUUGGAAUUGAUGAAGAUCCAGUUACUGGGUCAGCUCAUACCGUGCUGGGUCCUUACUGGUCCAAGAUUUUGAGAAGAACCAGUCUAAAAGCUAAACAAUGUUCCAGAAGAUCCGGAAUAAUGUACGUUAAUGUCGAUGGCUCUAAUGGAAGAUGCUAUCUUAAGGGGAAUGCUGUUGUAGUCUUAAAAGGAGAUAUAUCUAUUUAG